UCAGACGAUUUCUUCUUGCCUCUGUGGGUCUCGUCACCCUGGGACUGUUGCCCGUUGCCGAAGUUGAAGGGAUUCGACUGUGUGGUAGACGUUUAGCAGAUCUGUUGAACUUCGUCUGUGAAAGAAAUGGAGGGUUUCAUGCUCCCAGGAUGCGGAGGGAUGUAUUUCCUCACCCAAGCCGCAAGAACGCACUGUUGGAGAUAUUCCGUUCGAAGUCCCGACGAACAGCUCAAGAAACUUCCGCUAAUAGUACUUCGAUCGAAGCAGAAAGCUCGGGAAUCUUCAACAGCGGCGUCGUGGACGAAUGCUGCAAAAAUCAGUGCACAUUGUCCACAUUAGUGUCGUACUGUGCCGACUCCGGAGAGGUCAGUGAUAUCAAUCUGGAUGAAGUGCUUUUUCCUGGGAGCGAUCGAGGAUCGACGCUGUCAAACGAAGACCUUGAAUAUCUUUUACAAAAGGACCAAGUUGCAAGUAUAUCCAAUAGUUCCAGUGAGCACAAUGGUCACCAGAUGGCGUAUCAGGACUCCGAAUCGCAGACCAAUCGGCCCAACCUUGGCGUGUUCAUGCGAAACAGACCCGUCUUCAUUGUCCUGUCUCAAGUGGAAGAUGAAAGAGACAGUGCCGCUGAAGAGUACAGGUUAUGAAGAACAGUCCCUUUAAGAGUGUAUUUAGAGACUUGGCAAAGAAUUAUCGUUUCCAAAAACAAAACAGAUCUGUAACU